AUGGCACGACGCACUCGUUCUGACCUCCACAUUGACUGUCCAACGACAGCAGGUGCAGUGGUGCGGAGCUGCUUUCUUCCCCUUCCCUCCGUCCCUCCGUCCUUCCCUCCGUCCCUCCGUCCCUCCGUCCGUCCCUCCCUCCCUCCGUCCCUCCCUCCCACCCUCCCUCCCUCCCUCCGUCCCUCCGUCCCUCCCUCCGUCCCUCCCUCCCUCCCUCCCUCCGUCCGUCCAUCCGUCCGUCCGUCCGUCCGUCCCUCCCUCCCUCCCUCCCUCCCUCCCUCCCUCCCUCCCUCCCUCCCUCCCUCCCUCCCUCCCUCCCUCCCUCCCUCCCUCCCUCCCUCCCUCCCUCCUUCUCUCCCUCCCUCCCUCUCCCUCCCCCCCACUUUCCCCUCCUUCCCCCCCUCCUCCCCCCUCCUCUCCUCCUUCCUCUCCCCGUCCUCCCAUCUUCGCCUCCUUCCCAUUCCCCACCCUAUGGCGGCGUUUCAACGUCUAGCGAACCUGGGCGGGAUUGAGCAACACAGCACAACAAGCAGCGGCCCCUUCAGCACCAAGACGACCUUCCCUAGAAAAACCCUUUUCCUGACAGGCUGGCAGCACCCUGCCGCGGCUGCAGGCACUGAUACCGCUGGCUGCACUGAUACUCCUUAUAGCGCCACCCGUUAUAGUGAUCCUGACGGCCGUCGCAACGAGAAUAGCGACAGUGAGAAGGGGUUUACUAUGGGCAAUGGUGGCCCCGGUGGGCAGAGGUUUGAGCUGCCGAACCCGCCGUCCAGGUUCAAUGCAUCUGUGGCGUGGCGGCAGAUGCAGCACCGCACGGCUGACUCCUGCUGGAGCCAACAGGAACAACACCUGUACCACACGGCCAACACGUCCCCUCCGUCAGUAGCGUUCAGAGGGAGUGUGUGGGGUUGGAAGGGGGGGACAGCUGGCAAUGGGUCAAAGACAAGGCCAUGUGGUGUAGGCAACAGGAUAACAUCGUACGUUAUCUCAUUCGUGUUGGGUGUCCUCACCAACCGGGCCAUCAUCGCGCCGCCAAACGCCUUCCUCACCCGCCGCUUCUGCAACCCCUUCGCCCACGCCAACGCCUCCUGGACCGUCGGGCCCGUCACAGAGGGGUGGGUGGGUCACAGAGAGGUGGGUGGGUCACAGAGAGGUGGGUGGGUCACAGAGAGGUGGGUGGGUCACAGAGAGGUGGGUGGGUCACAGAGAGGUGGUGGGUCACAGAGAGGCGGGUGGGUCACAGAGAGGUGGGUGGGUCACAGAGAGGUGGGUGGGUCACAGAGAGGUGGGUGGGUCACAGAGAGGUGGGUGGGUCACAGAGAGGUGGGUGGGUCACAGAGAGGUGGGUGGGUCACAGAGAGGUGGGUGGGUCACAGAGAGGUGGGUGGGUCACAGAGAGGUGGGUGGGUCACAGAGAGGUGGGUGGGUCACAGAGAGGUGGGUGGGUCACAGAGAGGUGGGUGGGUCACAGAGAGGUGGGUGGGUCACAGAGAGGUGGGUGGGUCACAGAGAGGUGGGUGGGUCACAGAGAGGUGGGUGGGUCACAGAGAGGUGGGUGGGUCACAGAGAGGUGGGUGGGUCACAGAGAGGUGGGUGGGUCACAGAGAGGUGGGUGGGUCACAGAGAGGUGGGUGGGUCACAGAGAGGUGGGUGGGUCACAGAGAGGUGGGUGGGUCACAGAGAGGUGGGUGGGUCACAGAGAGGUGGGUGGGUCACAGAGAGGUGGGUGGGUCACAGAGAGGUGGGUGGGUCACAGAGAGGUGGGUGGGUCACAGAGAGGUGGGUGGGUCACAGAGAGGUGGGUGGGUCACAGAGAGGUGGGUGGGUCACAGAGAGGUGGGUGGGUCACAGAGAGGUGGGUGGGUCACAGAGAGGUGGGUGGGUCACAGAGAGGUGGGUGGGUCACAGAGAGGUGGGUGGGUCACAGAGAGGUGGGUGGGUCACAGAGAGGUGGGUGGGUCACAGAGAGGUGGGUGGGUCACAGAGAGGUGGGUGGGUCACAGAGAGGUGGGUGGGUCACAGAGAGGUGGGUGGGUCACAGAGAGGUGGGUGGGUCACAGAGAGGUGGGUGGGUCACAGAGAGGUGGGUGGGUCACAGAGAGGUGGGUGGGUCACAGAGAGGUGGGUGGGUCACAGAGAGGUGGGUGGGUCACAGAGAGGUGGGUGGGUUGGGUGGGUGGGUCACAGAGAGGUGGGUGGGUCACAGAGAGGUGGGUGGGUCACAGAGAGGUGGGUGGGUCACAGAGAGGUGGGUGGGUCACAGAGAGGUGGGUGGGUCACAGAGAGGUGGGUGGGUCACAGAGAGGUGGGUGGGUCACAGAGAGGUGGGUGGGUCACAGAGAGGUGGGUGGGUCACAGAGAGGUGGGUGGGUCACAGAGAGGUGGGUGGGUCACAGAGAGGUGGGUGGGUCACAGAGAGGUGGGUGGGUCACAGAGAGGUGGGUGGGUCACAGAGAGGUGGGUGGGUCACAGAGAGGUGGGUGGGUCACAGAGAGGUGGGUGGGUCACAGAGAGGUGGGUGGGUCACAGAGAGGUGGGUGGGUCACAGAGAGGUGGGUGGGUCACAGAGAGGUGGGUGGGUCACAGAGAGGUGGGUGGGUCACAGAGAGGUGGGUGGGUCACAGAGAGGUGGGUGGGUCACAGAGAGGUGGGUGGGUCACAGAGAGGUGGGUGGGUCACAGAGAGGUGGGUGGGUCACAGAGAGGUGGGUGGGUCACAGAGAGGUGGGUGGGUCACAGAGAGGUGGGUGGGUCACAGAGAGGUGGGUGGGUCACAGAGAGGUGGGUGGGUCACAGAGAGGUGGGUGGGUCACAGAGAGGUGGGUGGGUCACAGAGAGGUGGGUGGGUCACAGAGAGGUGGGUGGGUCACAGAGAGGUGGGUGGGUCACAGAGAGGUGGGUGGGUCACAGAGAGGUGGGUGGGUCACAGAGAGGUGGGUGGGUCACAGAGAGGUGGGUGGGUCACAGAGAGGUGGGUGGGUCACAGAGAGGUGGGUGGGUCACAGAGAGGUGGGUGGGUCACAGAGAGGUGGGUGGGUCACAGAGAGGUGGGUGGGUCACAGAGAGGUGGGUGGGUCACAGAGAGGUGGGUGGGUCACAGAGAGGUGGGUGGGUCACAGAGCGGUGGGUGGGUCACAGAGAGGUGGGUGGGUCACAGAGAGGUGGGUGGGUCACAGAGAGGUGGGUGGGUCACAGAGAGGUGGGUGGGCCACAGAGAGGUGGGUGGGUCACAGAGAGGUGGGUGGGCCACAGAGCGGUGUGCUGGGUUACAGAGAGGUGGGUGGGUCACAGAGCGGUGUGCUGGGUUACAGAGAGGUGGGUGGGUCACAGAGCGGUGUGCUGGGUUACAGAGAGGUGGGUGGGUCACAGAGCGGUGUGCUGGGUUACAGAGAGGUGGGUGGGUCACAGAGCGGUGUGCUGGGUUACAGAGGGGUGGGUGGGUCACAGAGCGGUGUGCUGGGUUACAGAGAGGUGGGUGGGUCACAGAGCGGUGUGCUGGGUUACAGAGAGGUGGGUGGGUCACAGAGCGGUGUGCUGGGUUACAGAGAGGUGGGUGGGUCACAGAGCGGUGUGCUGGGUUACAGAGAGGUGGGUGGGUCACAGAGCGGUGUGCUGGGUUACAGAGAGGUGGGUGGGUCACAGAGCGGUGUGCUGGGUUACAGAGAGGUGGGUGGGUCACAGAGCGGUGUGUUGGGUUACAAAGAGAGAGGUGGGUGGGUCACAGAGCGGUGUGCUGGGUUACAGAGAGGUGGGUGGGUCACAGAGCGGUGUGCUGGGUUACAGAGAGGUGGGUGGGUCACAGAGCGGUGUGCUGGGUUACAGAGCGGUGGGUGGGUCACAGAGCGGUGUGCUGGGUUACAGAGGGGUGGGUGGGUCACAGAGCGGUGUGCUGGGUUACAGAGAGGUGGGUGGGUCACAGAGCGGUGUGCUGGGUUACAGAGAGGUGGGCGGGUCACAGAGCGGUGUGCUGGGUUACAGAGAGGUGGGUGGGUCACAGAGCGGUGUGCUGGGUUACAGAGAGGUGGGUGGGUCACAGAGCGGUGUGCUGGGUUACAGAGAGGUGGGUGGGUCACAGAGCGGUGUGCUGGGUUACAGAGCGGUGGGUGGGUCACAGAGCGGUGUGCUGGGUUACAGAGGGGUGGGUGGGUCACAGAGCGGUGUGCUGGGUUACAGAGAGGUGGGUGGGUCACAGAGCGGUGUGCUGGGUUACAGAGAGGUGGGUGGGUCACAGAGCGGUGUGCUGGGUUACAGAGAGGUGGGUGGGUCACAGAGCGGUGUGCUGGGUUACAGAGAGAUUGCUGUUGCAGGCAGUGGAAGUGCUAAGGCGAAGACCUCAAUAUCCACAUUCUGCUUAGCAGAAUGUCAACCAUUCACCGUCCGUGCCUUUGAGACCCUGUUGUUGUCAACCGUGCUGCAGCAGCCGAAGCUGAACAUGAGUGUAUUGGCCAGCCAGCUGUACUGGCGGGGCAAUGGGGCAUCGGGGAAUAUAAGGAGGCGGGUGCAAGAGAAUGGCACCGUUUGGCUGGACAUGAGCCACAGGGUGCGAGGGGAGUUCUGCGGCCUGUUGUGGGGCAUCAUGGGUGCGGCACGCUUCUGGUUCACCAACAUCGAUGCCUACUUCCUUCCCUCCCUCUAUUACGUCCCCGCCUUCGCUGUGAGCCUCCACUUCGUCCUCUCCUUCACUGUGUGCGAGCCGCCACGUCGUCGCGUGGAUGUGUGUGCUUGUGUGUGCGCUCUCCUCUACUCUUGUUCUCCCUCCCCCCAUCCAUCCACUGCGCAUGCACGGCUCAACGAGCUCUUUCCGGAUGGGCGUGUGUUCACACACUUGGCACGCUACCUGUUGCACCCAGACAACCAGCAGUGGGCCAAACUCACCCUCCCUUCGCCCUACCCAUCCUCUGUGCAGGCACGGCUCAACGAGCUUUUCCUAGACGGGCGUGUGUUCACGCACGUGGCACGCUACCUGUUGCACCCAGACAACCAAUUAUGGGACGAGAUCACGGCUGUCUUUCAUGCUAACCUCGCCCACUUCCCACACCGCCUCGGCAUUCAGGUGAGGGGGGUCCGUGCGUUGUGUUUGAGGCGCCUCUAA